GAAAAUAUGGGGUGGAGAGGCUGUCUGAUCUGAAUGAAUGAGACGCAGAGCUGCUUUCGGGAGGAGGUGUGGUUGAAUCCUCCAGUGUGGGAUUUUGUAAGUUGUGAGAUGCUGGCAUGGGCAUCUGGAGUGGCAAGGGAGGCGUGACCUCAAGGAAUGUGGGGUAUUUUUUUGUGUAAACUGCAGUCAGCCAGAUUUUUUGCUCUAAGAUGCCACGGAGUGCUCUUAUGACCACAAAGACUGUUUUAGGAUGCUGCUGACCAUACUAUUGUAGUGUAGGUUAUUAUUACAGUGAAAGCUGCAAGGCUAAAGACCGUAGUGUUUUGGUUUAAGGAUAAGGUGUCGUCUAUGGACACUGGAAUUAUGGGAUGGAGCUCCAUGGACAAAGUUCUGGCAUUGAUUUGGCAGCUUCUGCACUUCUUUCAGGCUUUCAGCCUUCCAUGUUCCAGAAGUCCAUCCUCUGUGCAUAUGCAGGUGGCAUUUCAAUGUUUUCCAUCUCGGACAGAUCAUUUUUAUACACUUUUAUUGGGAAACAAGGUGCUGAGCAGUACUACAGUGUGUGAAGACAUGUGUGAGUGUGUGAUGAAGUUCAGAGCACCACAAGUUUCUGAGGAGCUGGGAUUCAGUCUGCAAUCACACAAUGAUACAGAACUGCUAGAUGCCAAGACUUUCCACCUUGCUCCUCUCGUGGCAUCCUCUGUACGCAUGAAUGUCUCAUCCACGACUGUCGUAUUCAACUGGCCUACAUUAGAUGAUGGAGAUGUCUUGGAUGUGUGUUUGGAUGAGCAGUGUUGGGUUGCGUCCCAUUUUCAGCCAUUCCACCAGGUGACGGGGUUACAGCCUGGGCGUCAUUACAAUAUCAGUGUGGCAAAGAAAACAUUCAUCCCUCAUCUCCAAAUUAAUGUUACCCAAAGCCUACAGCUGGCCAUAAAGACAGGUCAGUGUCCCGUUGGCUGGCUUGCUGUGGGAUGGAGCUGUUAUAAGGUGAACCCAAGUUUCAUGUCAUGGUCCGGGGCGAAGCAAGCAUGUGAAAGAUCAACCCCAGGGUCACAUCUGGCCAACAUAAAGACAUAUGCAGAGUUUUUAUCCAUCAUAUCUUUCUUAGGGUCCUAUAACCAUCUUCUGCUGUUGUGGACAGCUUUAAAUGACCAUAAGACAGAAGGUGAUUUCCGCUGGUCUGAUGGCUCUACCUACAACUUAAAUAUUGAAAUGACAUCAGCACUUGCACCCAAUCAAACGGGCUGUGUUGCGAUGCAGAAGAAUGCAACCGGAGCGGGAUACUUCUUCACUUCUUUCCUGUGUUACCUGCAGCUCCCCUAUAUUUGUCAAGAAGAGUUGUUGCAGAGCAGCAGUGAAUGGCUGUAUCUAGAGAGUGUUUGUGAGACAGAAGCAGCAUUUAUCUGGUCGAAUGAAUCUCACCUGGAUUUAUCUGCUGGUUUUACGCUUGCUCUACAAUCGGAAGAUGAAUCGAAGGCUCAAACCGUCUCGCAUAUGGCACUCACAAACACUCAAGACCCAGUGAGAGUUCAAGGUCUCUCUCCUGGACAUGUCUAUCAUUUCUCACUGGUUCUUGUGCGCCCCAGUGGGGUGUCUCAGACACUUGGACCCAUUUUCUUUGCCAAUACAAAGCCAAAUCCUCCUCAGAAUCUCACAGUAACAGCUGUCACGUCCAGUCAGAUUGCAUUGUGUUGGAAUGCCCCCGAUUCUACCCAUAAUGCUCGGUUUGAGCACUUCAUCCUGCACUGGGUGGAUCUAGUCUCUGGCAGAGGCCUUGCCAUUCACUUGGAAAAGUUGAAUCGGAGUGCUGUGAUUGGUGGGUUGAAGGCAUAUCGUGCCCACAGGAUCACAGUUGUGUCUGUCACAGCUCAAGGUGUGGAAAGCUCUGACAGUCUGUCCGUGACUGUUAUCACAGAGGUUAGUCCUCCACGCAGGGUCUCAGCUGAUGCUGUGGGUCUGGAGAACAUGACUGUGUGCUGGUGGCCUUCACUGCACGAGGAAGUUGAUCAAUACUACAUCAAGCUCCACCCACAAACAAAUCAGGCUCAAACUAGAGAAUUCUGGGUAAAUGACUCCACCUGCAUCUCUCUUACACAGCUCAAAUCAGGUGGGACAUAUGAAGUGGGAGUGGCUGCAGUGAAGGGCAGAAACAUGAGCGUAGUGACAACCAUACAACAGACUCUAAGUAUGAUUCAUUAAUGUUU